AAUAGCAGAUCCUCUUCUCCUCCCCGCUAACGUCACCCGCGCAGCCGUGGCGUCCCUCUGGAGCCAACAACAUGGAGUCCGAUCCACUGCACCGCUAAUGCUGAGCGCCUGAGCUUUCACUGAUCUUGCAACAACAAAAAAACAAACAAACAAACAAACAAACGCGGCAUAUUCAUGCAGUAAAGCGGCCGCGUGUACAUGCUUCAACCCCGACACGACAUGGAUUACGCGGCGGUCGGCAUUCCGUAGAGCAGCGGGGCGGGCAGGCCGUUACGAAGAGGACAGCAUGUAGGUGAGUUCAGAAGAUUACACGGUGCAACACCGGAUCAUGGAUCCUGAUGUUGGUCCGCUUCCCGAUAUGGACCCCCAUGAUCCAACAUCCAUCCGGGAGCUCUCGGAAUCCCCCUCUCUACUCAGCAACAGCUUGAUGGCAGGAUUGUCCCAAGAUGGUGAUCUGGAGAGGGAUGAUGAAGAUGUAAACCUCCACCACAAAAGUGGAUUUUAUGGGAACAGCGAGAGAAAACACAGGUCCUCAGCCUUCUCCUCAUCUCUAACAUGGGACUCAGACUCUGAGAAAGAAACAUUUGAUGAAGAGGAACUUCAGCACUUUUCUAAUCCUCAUGGCCUUGCUGCUCACAGUCCAGGAAGUCCCACCUGUGAACAGGAGCAAGACAAACUUGACUGUGGAGUUUACCGAACACCUGACAAGCCCGCGAAAAUAGUGUUAGACAAAAACUUGUCUAGUUCUUUGGAUGCACAAGGUCAAGACAGAGAUGCAUGCAGCCAUGCAGAGACCGUACAGUCCAGCACUCAGCAAUGUGUAGAAAACGAUAAAGUUGGACGUGUAUCGGAUCACGCUGGGCCACUUUUCUCAGACACAAAAUCAAAAGAGGGAUACCAAAAAGAGGAAGAGGGGGAGAAAGGGUUUGAUCAGAAGAAGAAGGAAAUAAAGAGGGUUCCCGAAAGAGAUGUAUAUACCUUCCCAGGUGAUUCAGAUCCAGAAAGUCCACCACCAGGUCCCUGGGCACACUGCACCUUCAUCCAGCGUAGGAGAAAGAAGAGAGCCUUACUGAGACCUUUUUCUGGACUAAAUCCUUGGCAGAGCACACCAGGUACAGGCAGGAAGACCAGAGUAAAUCCCUCCAGGACAAAAGAGUGCAGUAAAUUUGUGAACGAAAAGGAUGGUGUGUUUGAAUUUAAGGAGGAAGAGGAAGAGAAGGUUCAAGACACGGAGCAGUCACUGGAAGCCAGAGGAGAACUUUGCCAAGAGAUUUUCACCUGUGUUGAAUGUAGCAUAUACUUUAAAAAAGUAGCACAUCUAAGGGAACACAUGAGAGAACAUGGCCAAGACAGUGGGAGUAAGGGACAGUGUGGAGAAGAUAAUGUAAGGAGGAGGCGUGCCAAGAAGUGUGGCUUUGAGUGUAUGGAAUGUGGACAGAAUUUCGCUGAUAGGCUGGUGCUGUUGGACCAUCACAGACGCCACCAGGAGUCACGGCAGAAGAUCUUGGAGGAGAUGGGAAAGCUGAAGGAGGGAGGGAAGAGAGCAAGUCGCAGAAAUUCCAGGAAGUCAGCCACUAAAGAGUCCUUUGCCAUUUGUGGCCAGUUUGUUUGUCUCAAGUGCAACUAUAGCUCUGAUGUGCCUCAAGAGCUUGCAGAUCAUGCCAAGACACAUACAACUCGAACCAGGGCUGGUAGGCCCUGUGUCUCACCCCGAUUCCAGCAAAAAUCCUGCAGAAAAGGAUGGACACGGUUGACUGGUAAUGCCGCAUCGACCACAGUGGUUAGUGAUAGGUACCCCACCAGAGCUUCUGUGCAAAUGGGGGCAAGUAAGCCUGAAGUUGACCAUUUUCAGUCCAAAGACUGUGAUCCACAGAGUGAGAAUAAGACUGAUGUCUUUCCAGGACCUAGCCAGAAUCACACAGUAUCUGCAAAUCUAGCAGAACCCACAGAUAAGCCAGAAUUAGAAAGUGCUCAGACUGAAGCUGCUCCCCUUGAAAGUCCAAGCCUACAGGAGGAGUCUGGAUCUGCUGAGGUUGGGCUUGGAGAAGAGAAUGUCUCAAAGCUCCAAUCUGCUGAGCCUUUACUUACAAACACAAAGGCUGAAACACAGCAAAAGGAUGUCAUAUCCAAGGGCACAGGAAAUCGACGCUCAAAACGAGUUGUGAGGCGUGUAAUAGGACGAACACGAGCAAGUAGCAGACUGGAUCCCCAGUCUACUGAUACUAGUGAUACAAAAACCCAUAUGCAAAACACUGAGGAAACAACAGAGCUGAGCCAACAAGCAUCUGUACUGCCUGAUCCAGAGGGUGAUCUAAUGCUGGCCAACAAAACAGGAGUGGAAACAUCUGCUCUAGCUUUAGACCUCAACACCUCUCCUCCACCAAAGACCAGUGAGGACUCCAAAGAAGAGACAAAUGAAGAGACCCCACCUGACACCGAAAAGGAUGAAUAUAGCAAAAACACCACUGAUGAAAAGGAUAAUGAUAAUAAUGAUCUUGAUGAUGAUGAUGGAAAAGAUAAUGAUAAUAAUGAUCUUGAUGAUGAUGAUGGAAAAGAUAAUGACAAUAAUGAUCUUGAUGAUGAAAAAGAUAAUGAUAACAAUGAUCUUGAUGAUGAUGAUGAUGAUGAUGAUGAUGAUGACGAUGACGAAGAUGAUGGGGGUAACAAUCAGAACGAUAAUGCCAGUGAAGAGGAUGAGGAUGUUGUCAACCAUCUACUUGAUGUCUUAACUGAAGAUGAGGAAGAUGAAGAGGGCAUUUUGUUGAAGACUGUAGAAAAGAAAUGUCCCUACUGCCAAGACUGUUUUGAUAAUGGAAUUGGACUGGCCAAUCAUAUUAGGGGUCACCUGAACAGAGUUGGAGUCAGUUACAAGGUUAGACACUUCAUAUCCCCAGAAGAAGUUAAUGCCAUUGAGAAGAAGUUCUCCUACCAAAAAAAGAAGAAAAAAGUUGCCAACUUUGACCCAACAACCUUCAGUGUGAUGCGCUGUGAGUUCUGCAGUGCUGGCUUUGACACCAGGGCUGGCCUUUCCAGUCAUGCCCGUGCACACCUACGAGACUUUGGCAUCACCAACUGGGAGGUCACUGCUUCGCCUAUUAACGUCCUCCGUGAACUCUUCUCUAAGCGGCCUGACCUCGCUUUAUCCAUUACCCCUGCUUUUAACCCUGAGACACAAGACAAGAAACCAUGUAAAGAAGAAGAAGAGGAGUCCAUGUUAGUAAACGAUGAAGAAAGUGGAACUUCAGAACCAGUGCUGCAGAUACCUGUAUCUCCAACUCAGCCUUGGAGAGAGAGCCAGAAUGAUGGUGAAGCUGAUGGUGGGAACAACAAGGCGGUGGCAGAGGAAAAAGUUCAACUGCAAGAUGACUUUAACUCCAGCCCGGGAUCAAACAGUUCAACUGCUGCAGGAGAGACUGAGCCAAAAGGCUCCAGUUUGCUGAAGUGUGAGGUCUGCUGUGCCCUAUUUGAGACACGGCGAGGUCUAUCCAGCCAUGCUCGCUCUCAUCUGCGCCAGCUAGGUGUGGGCGUGUCUGAAAGCAGUGGUGCACCCAUAGAUCUCCUCUACCAGAUAACCAAGGAGCGGGCCACUGACUCCCACUUACCUGCCUCACCCCCAUCACACUCACCAACACUAUCACCCAAAAACACUCACCAUCAUGCUUUCUGCAUUCCUAUGCCAAGUCCCAGCAGGAGUGCAGAGUUUGAAGACGAACCACAAGACAUUAAGCCCCUCUCACUUCUGCGUAGUGUAGCAAAAUCUCCCCCUUCCCCAAGCAACCCCUCACCUUCUGGCUUGCGGCCAUCCUCUCCAUUUGGGAGGUCUCCAUCCCCCUCUCAUUCUCUGUCUGCUUCCCCAUCCCCAGUGCUGAGGAAGGCCCCCAUCUCCUCAUUGCUGCCCGUGUCUUCCCCUCUGCGCUCUCUUGAGCACAGGUCUAUGUCAAGGGCCCACAAUUCAGCCUUGUCAACUGCCUCAUCCAGACCACUCUGGGCACCACAAGAAACAGAGGCUCCCCUCAAUCUCACAAUGGAUAUGGAUUCUAACACAGACAUCAUAUGCAAGCUAUGCGGUGCCUGGUUUGAAACACGCAAAGGCCUCUCGAGUCACGCACGAGCCCACCUGCGUCACUUUGGUGUGGAAUACUCUGAGUCCAAGGGGUCCCCCAUCGACCUGCUAAACACACUCAUCCUCACUGAUGACUUCAAGCGCAGAGCUACCUCUUUCCGCUCUGAUAGCCCGGAGGACCUGAGGGUCCAUGGACACAGCGUGGCUCCUCCCUCUCCCGCCACAUCCACACCUACUUCUACUUCCAAGAGGCCCUACCUUUCCAACUCUGUCCUAUUAAAGAACACAUCAUUAAAAAGUGGUGUUGGCUCCAAAGCUACCUCCGCAUCUUCUUCUUCCUCCACCCACACCUUGCUCAGUCCACCCACCAAGAAGCUGAAACCUUCACAGCAGGUCUUCCGUUUGAGUGGCAGGGAGCUGAUGUCCAUUCCUCAAGCUGAACCAAUGAAAGAUGUGUGUUGUGAGUUUUGCGGUGAGCUUUUUGAGAAUCGCAAAGGCCUCUCCAGUCAUGCCCGUUCCCACUUGCGUCAGCUGGGCAUCACCGAAUGGUCCGUGAAUGGCUCGCCCAUCGAUACACUACGAGACCUCAUAACUCGCCGAGGUUUGCCAUGCGUCAUGCCUCUGAAAUCCUUGAAAUCAUCCUCAUCCUCUCCAAGCCCAGGACCCCCUCGGACCUCACACCAGUAUUCUUCCCCACCAGGAGGGAUCCAUAGCCGACAGGCUUUCUCUAUCAGUCAGCAGCAGCCUGCCAAGAUGGCAGUAUCAGCACCUGUCACCAACACCUCUCCAACAGUGCUAAUGGUUAAGCCUAAACCAGAACCCGAGCAGGUGGAGGUUACCGUGACUGGAGGGGGGCGUGAAGGUUAUAACUCUGAGUCACUGCAUCCGAGCUGGAUGAGCUCAGAUAAUGGGCAUCCCAUCAACCUGUUAAUGACUCAGGAGAGGGAACCGUCCCGUGAUAUCCGUUGUGAGUUCUGUGGCGAGUAUUUUGAGAACCGCAAAGGACUCUCCAGCCAUGCCCGCUCACACUUACGCCACAUGGGUAUUACCGAGUGGUCCGUCAAUGGCUCACCCAUCGAUACGCUGUGGGAGAUUAUGCGGAAUCAGGGCACCACACCAGCAUCUGUUGUGUUAGGUGUAAAAGAGGAACCAGGGCAAGAAAGCAGCUCACCCUGGGACAGUCAAGGGUAUCAGUCAUCCAGAGUCUCCCCAAAAGCCCCCAUUAACCUGCACCACACCAACUCACGCCUCCAUAAGCGUGGAUUUGGGCCCACAGGACUGUCAGCUACUCCUCCAGCAGGGAAGUUUCUUGGUAUGAAACCCAUUGGGAAGAGGUUGCUGGGAACUGAAGGACACCUUGGCCAAAGGUGCCCACCAGUCCAGUCAAAAACCUUCUCAACACCACCACAGGACUUCUCUUUUAAAGGAAGAAUGUCCACAGACAAGUAUGGGGUAGGCCGCAUAGAUGCUAGCUGUGAGUUGUGCGGUUUUGCCUUUGAGAAUCGGAAAGCUUUGGCCAGCCAUGCUCGGGCUCAUUUGCGACAGUUUGGUGUGACAGAAUGGUCUGUGAACGGUUCACCCAUUGAGACAUUGAGUGCCUGGAUGCGCAGCCGGCCACAAACAGUAGCUGAGCUCCACCGUAGCUACCUAUCAGAUGGGCAUGUUGCCCAAAAGAAGAAGCAGUCAUCAGCUCAGUGGGGGUCUCAAACACUGUCCCAGGGGAGGACCGUUGAACGGCAGUUCAUGAGCAGUUCGUGGAGUUCAUUAUCACGGGCAGUAGAGGUAAAAAAUCGAAAUGGCACCUCUUUUCACCAUGGCAUCAGUACCCAGGAGAGGGGACAUCACUCAAGCAGUGCAACCCCACAUGCACAAGUGGCCCGGAGUGAACUUAAUGUCCGGGUGACACGAGGCAUUGAGCGACGACCCCUGAAACAUCCAUCACAUGCUGAUGGAGGGGAGAGAGAAAGCUGUCCUCCCAAACCACCUCGCACUAGUACUGUUCCUGCCCUUGUGCCAAAGCCCCCUUCCACUCCUCUGGUUAAACUUGUGGGUAAAAUCUAUUCCCUCAAGUGCAGGUUUUGCGAUGUGGAGUUUCAUGGCCCCCUGUCAGUGCAGGAGGACUGGAUCAGGCACCUGCAGCAGCACAUUCUGAAACUUGACUACAGCAAGCCAGCUCCCACCGCAAUUAACACUCCAGCCAAAUCUGACAAGGCUGUUCCUGAAAAGCAAGCCUCAGCUACUACCUCCACUUCUAUUACUACUACAGCUCCUACUCCCACCUCAGCCACGAGUCUUAACACUACAUCUACACCAUGCCCACCAGUCUCUACUCCUACUCUUACGCCCACUUCCACCCCAACCUUGACAGCUCCCACACUGGCCAGCCCUAGAAUUCCAACCAAGGCUGAGCAGGAAGUUGAUACUCCUGCCACAUAAUGCUUUUGUCUUAUGUAUUUCUCUUCAUUUUCCUUCAUUCUGUUUGUACUUCCUUUUGUUAUAAAAAAAAAACAAAAAACAAGAGUUUGGAAGAGCAUUGCUUACUACCCAUUCAUUUUGACCCAGUAAGUCCCACAGCAGUAAGAGGAGAGUUGAGCUUGAGAUCGGAUUGUUGCUAUUCCAGUUUGGGCUUUGCUGGUCAACAAAAGAUUUAAAUUGUUACACUUUUAGUGAUAUUUGUUUGUGUAAUGAGGUAUUAACAGGUCAGUGGUGCUUAUGGGGGUAUCUGAAUAUGUAAUGUAACUAACUUGCUGAGUAUGUCCUUGUUUUAGCUUAUUUGGAUUUUAAGAGUGUAUGGAACUUUUUUUUUGUACUCGACAUGGAACAUCUACCUAGUAGUUGCUAAUGAAAGGCACAAACAAAAUAUAAACACAUUUUUGUGUCCAUCCAAAAUUGCUGUAGCACUUUCUUUUAAUGCCUUUUUUUUCCAAAGCUUGUGUACACUAAGCCUUUAACCAUCUCAAAAUAAGUUUGUCAUGGCAGACACCUAUUUGAUGGUUAACACAGUUGUGCCAUAAUGAAGUAUGAGCUGUUAGUGCUCAUAGGCCCUUGCUCAAUUUUUUACGAUGCACCUUACAUGAUCUCAUUUGUAAUGAGACCUUAUGUAGGUCACUUUUUCCCCCUCAUAAUUCUUCUAGUUUCUAUAGUAAAUAUGACUGAUUUUUAAAAAAACAAAACAAAAACAUUUUCCUGUUUUUUAGUAAAUGGCAAAAAUGAUCAUUUUUCUUUUUCUUCAUAAAGGUUUAAAUAAGCUAAUAAAUACUGUACAUUCAUUUGUGUUUAAUGUAAGCAUAAUUAGAAAAAAAAUUACAAAUUAGCAUCCUACCAUGCCUUUUUAAAUGUUCUGACUACUAUUUGUGUCUGGGUUCUUAAAGGUUGGAACAUGACUGUUGGAACUGUAGAAAGAUGGCAAGGUACUUGCACAAGCAAGAACUUAAUGAUUAGAAAAUUUCAGUGUGCUUAAAUGUUAAGUGAAGUCUAGUUUGCUAUUUGCACAUUAGCUUACUGCACCCACUCUUCAUCUGUUUCUCCCAUUUGCUUAGAACGCUUUUUUAAAGAAACUGCCCUGGAUUCACAUAAAAUUGGGUUUUGUACUUGUUGCCUGCAUUGACUAAAACCCAAAUCCCUGUGCUAAUGUAUUGCACUUUUGAAUGUGCCCUAUUUUGGAUAGAUGACAAAAAUUUGAAUGUUUGGCAUAUGAGCAAUGAGUUGAUGCACUUUUACUCGAGGCUGGAUAGGGAAGUAUAAGUAAUAGUGUGUGUAUGUGCAUGCACUUGAAAGGUCAUGCGUAUGUGUUUGUCAUAUAGCCGUAAAUUUAGUUUUACAUUUGUUUUCUAUAGCACAUUUGUGUCCCUGCCAAGAACUUCAGUGCACUGCAUCCAUCAGUCUGUGGCAGAAUGUGCCAAAGAAUCAGUGUGACAUGGGACAGUCUCCUAGACUAAAGCUGUCAUGUGCAAGUUCCUGACUGGAUGGAGGGAACAGAUUUCGUCCUCUCACCUGCAAAAAUUGUGGACAGUGGUAACCACGAAAAUCUGAGUUGUCCUUCUUCGGAUUGUAUUUUACACCUUAAAACUACAUCUGAGAAACCACAAAUCUUUGGUAUGCUGGAUCUUAAUCUCUGGACAUUUAUGGUUAUUGCUUGAUCAAAGAAGGGACUACUUGGAUACAUCAUGCUUCUGUUAAGGACUGACAGAACUAUGUAGCUUCACAUGACUUUAGAUGGUAAUCCAUUUCUACACAGUGAAGCAAUAACAGUAUGGUCACAUGACAAACUAUGGCGGUUUGUUUCACUACGCAUUACAUCUCUGUGACUGUUAGACUUGCAGCAUUCCUGUGGAGUGUGUGUGUGUAUAUAUAUAUAUAUAUAUAUAUAUAUAUAUAUAUAUAUAUAUAUAUAUAUAUAUAUAUUUA